AUGGGCACUGGAGCAGUGCAAGCAAUUACACGAAAGCAGAAAUUGAAUUGUGACAGCAGUACACAUGCUGAACUAAUUGGAGUCCAUGAUGCGAUGUCAAAUGUUUUGUGGACCCGCUUAUUUAUGGAAGAACAAGGUUACCCAAUCGAGAAGAAUAUACUAUACCAAGAUAACAAGAGUUCGAUCCUACUUGAAACAAAUGGGAGAUCGAGCGCCGGAAAAAGGAGCCGUGCGCUAAACAUCCGGUAUUUCUUUGUGACAGAUCAAGUCGAAUUGGGCAACAUUACCAUUGAACAUAUGCCAACUGAUGAAAUGUGGGCAGAUUACAUGACGAAGCCUUUACAGGGCAAAAAGUUUCGCAAAUUCCGGGCUGUAAUUCAAGGUGACCAGGAUUAG